UUCAGAUUCUGUAUCUGUAUUCUUUCGGACGCCGAUCGACUUGCGAAAGACCGUAUAUUAAAAGACAAAUAUCACUAUAUUUGAGUUAAUUUCAGCAUUUAACUUCGUUGUUUCUUUAUUUAUUGUGGAUUUGUAUAAUGGCGCGAAAUAAAUCUCCAACAGCAACUUCGGAUAAAGAUAAAAAGAAGCUCAAAGAAAAGAAGAAAAAAGAAGAAUCUGGUUCUAGUAGUAGUGACAGCAGUGGAAGUUCAUCAGACAGCAGUUCAUCCCGGUCAUCAUCGCGAUCUUCAUCCAGCAGCUCUGGCAGCUCGUCUCGGUCGUCCUCAUCUUCAAGCUCAUCAAGCAGCAGUAGCAGCAACAAUGACCGCUCCAAAGCUAAGAAAAAGACUUCACCACACAAGGAUCCAAUCAAGGAUCGCCGUGAGCCAGAUAAUAAGUUGAGGGAACGAUCUCCGACUGGGGAUAAAAAGAAACCAGUGUUACCCAUUGCCAAUGACAAACAGAAGAGCAAGGAUAAGCAGGAGAGAUCACCCGGUCGUAAGAAGAGAGAAAGAUCUCCACUCCCAAGACCGACUCGAAUACACAUUGGCCGACUCACUAUGAAUGUAACUAAAGAGCAUAUUAAUGAAAUAUUCUCUACAUAUGGCACUGUGAAAGUAGUGGAAUUCCCAAUGGACAGACUGCACCCAUACAAUGGACGAGGUUAUGCAUAUGUUGAGUUCAGUAAUCCAGAUGAAGCUGAAAACGCAAUGAAACACAUGGAUGGAGGUCAGAUCGACGGGCAGGAGAUAACGGCAGCCCCUGUGCUGAUCCCGACGCGGCCGCGGCGGCCCUCCCCGCGCGCCCCGCGACACCUGCCGCCGCGCAGGCACUCGCCGCCUAGGUACCGCCGGCGCAGUCCGCCGCCGCGCCGCCGCUCGCCGCCGCGCCGCCGCCGCACGCGCUCGCGCUCCCCGCGCCCCGCCAUGCGCCGCCGCCGCUCCAGGUCCUCCUCCGCUUCCUCACGAUAAACACACACACACACACACACACACACUGAUCACACACAUCCAUUCCAUUUCAAAGUUAUCAGAUAUUUUAGAGAAUCCUAAAAUUAUCCCUCACAUACACAAUAAACUCAUACUAACCUCACAAGACAAUGCGGAAACCUUACAGAGGUAAGUUAUCCUUAGCGUAAUAGGUAAGUAUGUGACAAUGUAACAUUUGUUUACAGUAAUUGUAGCUUAUCAAAAACCGAAAACCCAUAUUAAUUGGUAAUUUCUUAUCGUUAAAAGCUUGCAAAAUGGAAACUGAGCCGAGUGAGUGAUCAGUGCUAUAUUUAACUUUAUUACGACAAACAGUGAAGUGCUUAUCUGUAUUUUGUUCAAUAUAAUUUGUAACUAAAUGGACGACCCAAUUUUGUUAAUAAAUAGUGACAACAUA